ACUUGAUAUAUUCUCUUGAUGAAUUUACUUUUAAUUUCAUCAAUAGACUAUAAAACAAUGAUCAAUGUUCUUAAUCGAAAUAGUUUUAUUGUUUAAUAUUAAAAUAUUUGUUUAGGUUGAUUUACGUGCUUCAUCAUUAAAUUCAAAUGAUUGUUUUGUUCUAUUUACUUCACAAUGUGUUUACAUAUGGUGUGGUAAAGGAUCAACAGGUGAUGAACGUGAAAUGUCAAAAGUUGUAGCUAGUUCAAAAUCGAAAGAACCAAUUAUGGUAUUUGAAGGACAAGAAAAAGAUGAAUUUUGGAGUCAUUUUCCUUCGGGAAAAGAACCAUAUGCAUCUGAUAAACGUCUUAGUGAACAUCAAUCAUCAUUAACUAGUAUAAAUGAUCAUCCGGCAAGACUUUAUGAAGUAUCAAAUGCUAGUGGACGUACAACUGCUAUUGAAAUUCCUAAUUUUACACAGGCUGAUCUUGAUGAAGAUGAUGUAAUGCUAUUGGAUGCAUGGACAAGUAUAUUUUUAUGGAUUGGAAAAAAUUCAAAUAAAACAGAAAUGAAAGAUGCUGAACGAAUUGCUUAUGAUUAUUUACGUACUGAUCCAAGUCAUCGUGAUUCAGAUACGCCAAUUAUAAAAACCAAACAAAUGUAUGAACCUAUACAUUUUACUGGUUUUUUUGGUCCAUGGGAUAGAAAUUAUUGGACAUCAAAAUCAUCAUAUGAAGCAACAAAAUCAAUGUUACAGGCUAAUAAUCGACCUGAAAUAUAUGCUGAACUCAUACGAGAAAAACCAGUAAAUAAUACAAAACAAAACAUUUUAAAUCGAGCAACAGUAACUAAAUAUCCAUAUGAAUUAUUAUUAAAACCAGCCGAUGAAUUACCUGAAGAUGUUAAUCCUGAAUUACGAGAAGUUCAUUUAAACGAUGAUGAAUUUCUUCAACGUUUCAAAAUGACUUAUGCUGAAUACACAUCAAAACCAGUCUGGAGACAGAAAGAAUUGAAAAAAAUGGCAAAAUUAUUCUAA